AUGAAGAAGACGUUCCCGCUGCUGUGGACCUUUUCAGACAACCGGGGCUACUAUGGGCCCCCGGUGUACAUGCCGCUGGAGUACGCCAGCCGCAUCACGAACCAGAAGCAGCUCGUCUUCACGCACCCUAAAGACCCCAAAUACACGUGGAACACCGGCAUCGAUGAAUUGUCUAGUCUCCAUCCCGGCAUCCUUGGACCAGGGCGUAAGACGCCGCAGCUGAACUACACGAGCCGCGGUGGCAUCAUCUGUGAAAUUCCUCCAGUUCCGGUGUACCGGUCGCAUAUUUGGUGCAUGGGGCACGGCCACUUCAUCCUUCAGCACCCGCGCAUCUUUAUCAAGUGCCCGCGCAACAAAGUAGUCUGCUGCAAGUGGUGCCGUCUCAAGUUUAUCAACAUGUCGACUGACGAGGACAACGACGACGACUGGUUCGAGGAGGAGCACAAGAUCUCGACGACGCCGGAGUCUGAGGAGGACCUGCGGCAGCCGAUCCGCGACAUGGGUGGUGUGCUGCGCAGCAGCCCGUUUCAGGACGGCAAGGAGCCGGACCCGCAUGUGUACCGCUCCGUUUUUGAUCCAGAGCGGUACCGCUGGAAACACCCAGGAAAGGCUAACUACGAGGUGCAUCCAGCGUACGCCAAGAAGGACAGCGCCCGCGAGGACUGCGGCCAUCAUUAG